CGUUCAGGAGCGCUAUAAACUCUGCGCUCCCUCCGUUGUGCGUCUCACUCUCUCCCUGUCUUUCGCUCCAUCUCACUCUCGGUUCUCCGCGUCUUCUGAAGCAGCUCGCCGGUGUUUCGGUCGUGAUGAACCGCUGGAAGGGCAGAACGGCGCUGGUGACCGGAGCCUCGGCCGGGAUCGGAGCAGUCAUCGCCAAGGAGCUGGUCCGCCACGGGAUGAAGGUGGUGGGCUGCGCCAGGAACGUGGAGAAAAUCCAGCAACUGGCUGAGGAGUGUAAGAAGGCGGACUGCGCCGGGUCCCUGAUCCCCAUGAAGUGCGACCUGACCAACCCGGAGGAGAUCCAGUCCAUGUUCUCGGCCAUCAAGCAGCAGCUGAAAGGCGUGGACGUGUGCAUCAACAACGCCGGCCUGGCCAACGCCGAGCCUCUGCUGACCGGCAAGACCAGCGGCUGGAAGAACAUGCUGGAUGUGAACAUCCUGGCUCUGAGCAUCUGCACCCGUGAGGCGUACCAGUCCAUGAAGGAGCGAGGCGUCGAUGACGGCCACAUCAUCAACUUGAACAGCAUCUGCGGACACUAUGUGCUCAACAUGCCUGACGCGCACUUCUACACGGGCACCAAGUACGCCGUGACCGCCCUGACCGACGGCCUGAGGCAGGAGCUGAGGGGGGCCAAGACCCACAUCAAAGCCACAUGCAUUUCUCCGGGUGUGGUGGAGACCGAGUUCGCGUCGAGGCUCUUCAAAGACAGCCCGGAUAAAGCUGCAGCCUUGUACUCCCAGUAUAAGCCGCUGCAAGCCAUAGACAUCUCUAACGCCAUCAUUUACGCCCUCAGCGCUCCGCCUCACGUGCAGGUUGGGGACAUGGUGAUUUGGCCCGUGGAGCAAGAUGCAGUUUAAACACUUGGCCUGAGUUUUUUCUCUGAACGUAACACGAGCGUCUUCACUGAAAAAGAAUAAAGUCUUGAUUUAAUGAUUAA